AUGGCGUCUGGAACGGCAUCUACCGACCAGUUUAUGCCAACAAGCAUGUCAUCAGAAAGUCAGUCUUCAGUGAUGGGAGGUUCCAUGAGCUCUCAAAGUAUGCCAUUAAUCAGUAGUCAAUCACCUUCUUUCUCCUCGUAUGGCUCACUGUCAUCAGACCAGCUUUCUUUAGUUGGUCAAUCUUCUAUGACGACGGACCCGCUGAGCUCGCAGAGUGUAAUGGUAUCUUUUGGAAGUGCAUCGGUGAGCUCGAUGUUGCAGAGCAUGUCGUCAGAACAGUCUAUGAUGCCAUCUAUGACAGGAGUCUCAAUGAACUCUCAAGUAAUGAUGCAAAAUAGUGAGUCAACAUCUUAUUUUUCUUCGCCUGCUUCAAUACAGAUGUCAGGAGGCCAGUUUUCGUCAGAAAGCCCGUCUUCUAUGAUAGGAGUUUUGAUGAGCACUCAGAAUAUGGUGUCAUCUUCUGGAAACGCUGGUACAUAUUCAAGCCAGGUGAUGCCAACCAUGUCGUUGGGUCAGCCCUCAACAGAUAGCCAGCCUAUGGUGUCUUCUACGAUGGGGGCAGUAGUGAGCUCUCUCAAUACGAUACCAUCAUCUGGAAUCGCAUCUGAAAGCCCAACGAUGCAAGCCAUGUUUUCAGGGCAACUUUCUUCACAUGACCAGUCUAUGAUGUCUACUGUGAGCUCUCCAAAUAUUUUACCAUCAUCUGCAAUCGCAUCUGAAAGUCCCUCGAUGCAAACCAUGUUAUCAGGGCUCUCUUCACAUGACCAGUCUAUGACGUCUCCGAUGAGCUCUCCAAAUAUAGUACCAACAUCUGGAAGUGAGUCUGCAAGCCCUAUGAUGCAAACCAUGUCAUCUGCACAACUUUCUUCAGAUGGUCAGUCUAUUGUGUCCAUGGCGGGAGCUUCAGUAAGUUCUGUCAAUAUGAUACCAUUAACCGGAAGCGCGUCUUCAUACCAGAUGAUUCAAAGCAUGUCAUCGUAUCAAUUUUCGUCAGAUAGCUCAUCUGUGAUGUCUUCUAUGAUGGGAGCGUCAAUGAGCACCGUAAAUAUGGCACCACAUUCUGGAAGCGCAUCUACAAGCCAUAUGAUUCAAAGCAUGUCAUCGAAUCAAUAUUCACCAGACAGCCAGUCUGUGACGUCCUCUAUGAUGGGUGCGUCACUGAGUUCUGUAAAUACGAUACCACCUUCUGGAAGCGCAUCUACCAGUACAAGUCCCAUGGUGCAGAGCAUGUCCUCAAAUCAAAUUUCGUCAGCUAGCCAACCAGUGGCGUCCGUUUUAAUGCAAACUUCAAUGGGCUCUUCAAGUCUGAUGCAAAGCAGCGGGUCAGCAUCUGCUAUGCCAUCAAGUGUGGUAAUGCCAAUGUCAUCAGACCAGCUUAGUAAGUCUUCUAUCAUGGGAACUUCAGCGAGCUCUGGAAUUAUGCUGGCUUCCUCUGGAAGCGUAUCUGCUAGUACUCAGAACAUAGUGACGGGCCCAAGUAGCUCUCAGAGCAUGGUGGCAUCUACAAGCCAAAUGCUGCAAAGCAGUGGUCCAGCAUCGUUCGGGGCAUCAGUAUCAACAAGUCAAUCUCCACAACAAUCUUUGACGGCAUCUUCAUCGGACAUGACAACCUCUGGAGCAGUAUUUAGUGCAACCCAGUCCUUGGGGACAACACAAGCAGUUUCUUCAGGUGCGGUGGCUAGCAGUGCAGGUGCUGCGACAAGUUCCAGUCCAGUGUCGAUUUCGGCAAGCUCAUCGAUUCAAGUGGAAGUCACCACAUCCGCACCUAUAGACUACUGCGCUGCGUCGCCUUGUGAAAAUAACGGCACAUGCACAGACACAGGUUCCGACUUCAUGUGCAAUUGCACGGGCACGUUCUACGGCAAGAACUGCUCGCUGAAUAUAGAAGGACUGGAUGAAUGCGCCAACAGCCCCUGCCAGAACGGAGCCAGCUGUAUAGACGGUAACUUGGACUACACCUGCGACUGCCUCCCUGGGUAUGCUGGGAAGAACUGCACUACAAAUAUUGAUGAUUGUCUUUCCAAUCCCUGUCGUCAAGGUGGAACGUGCAUUGAUGGUGUAAAUGCCUUCACUUGUACAUGCCCAGCGGGUUAUACAGGCAGUACCUGCCAAACAGAGAUCGACGAAUGUGCCACAUCCCCAUGUGCAAAUGGAGGGAGCUGUUUGGAUCAAGUGGCAGACUUCACCUGUUACUGCCCGCUUGGCUAUACUGGCAAGAACUGCAGCACAAAUAUGGAUGACUGUGCUGGAGUCACUUGCCAGAAUGGAGGGACAUGUGUGGACCAAAUCAGUGGAUAUACAUGCCAGUGUAUUAACAAUACUUAUGGAGAAAACUGUCAGUAUUUGUCACCAUAUUACCAAGCCUGGAGCCCAUGGGGCAACUGCUCUGAGACCUGCGGUUCAGCGUCAUACAGAAACCGUAGCAGAACCUGCACCAAUAUCCAGGGCACCAUUCUCUCAGAUAGUGAUUGUAUUGGCUUCAACCUGGGCCAGGCACAAGAAGUGGAGAAAUGCAAUGUCUCUGAGUGCAUAGUUGCGACCAACCCGUGUACAAAUCCCAGAAUCCCAGUGGUCCAGCGUCCAUGCAGUGGUCACAUUUGUGGAGUGACCAGUACAGGCAGCUACAAGUGCAUAUGCUCAGCCGGCUUUGACUAUCCAAGAAAUUCUGCUGGACUGGUCGUCAGUGAACAGCAAUGUGUGGACAUGGAUGAAUGCAGCGCCAACGUCAGCGACUGCAAAGCAGGUGGCCAGUUCAAAACUGGAGUGCGAGCAUGCGUGAACAGUGAGGGAUCUUACGCUUGCAAGUGCAGCACUGGCUACACCCAGCAGAAUGGCACUCGUCUUUGUGUGGACGUUGACGAGUGUCUCCUUGGCCAGCAUACUUGUGACCCAGGCAGGUCACAGUGUAUUAACACAGUGGGCAGUUACACUUGUCAGUGUGUUAUUCCAUAUGUUGGGGAUGGCUUCACUGGUAACUGUAAAGCUGACAGAUUCAUUCCCUUUGCCAACCACACCCAGCUGCCAUUUGUUAAUUUCAACACUACAAUGAAGUCUUCAUUCAUCUUUCCUAAGUAUGGAAUUCCUAUGUAUGAUGGCCAGAUAUUUCCAUCUCUAUAUUUGAACUGUACCUACCCUCAUAUAACAGUUUGUCCAGCAUGGAGUGAUAGCCAUCUCCUCAGUGACCAGGGACGAGGCCGUGGCUGA